CUAUCCCUGGGCUACCAGAAGCCAGAGCCACCCAGAUGUGCAGCCCAAAUCCUGUCUCUCUCACUGGGAAGGGGGAUCUGGAGGGAGGUGUCUGUAGCCUUUGCUUGGGGAGGGGACGCUUGGACUCCAUGAUUCUGAGAAAGGACUUGCUCAGGUGGUGUGGAGCCGAUCUCAGCCUGAGCCUAAUGUGUCAUAAAUGAAGGGUGGGACUAGGCAGGGGAGGGGCACGCAGUUGCUACGGAUAUGUGAGCAUCAGAGAGCUGUCAUAAUGGUUCUGCUCUGGCUUAAGGGAGCUGCUCUGGUCCUCUGGCUCAUUGUGCCCUGGAGCCUUUGCUGCCAUGUCCUGGCUGCGUUUCUGGGCCCCGUGGCUUCUUGUGUUGCUACCAUUGUGGCUGCUGGUCCAAGCAGCUCAGCCUCCGGGUUGGGCCCUGGACCCUGUGCAGCUGACCCACAGACCCCCAGGACCAACCGAGUCCUGGUCUUUGGAUCCCUCCAAUCUCCCUCUUGAAUUUCCCCAUCCACGUCAACAACUGAUGCAUCCUGUGGUUCCUUUCUGGUACACAGGUUCAGCUGGAGAGCUGCCCCCAGGACCAGAACUUUGGGACAAGCCUGGCCAGCAUGAAAGUCCACCAGAGGUGGUUCCGGUGGUGGAUUCCCAGGAUCAGCCUCCAGAGCCCCCGGAGAUGGAUGACAACUACAAAGACCUGCAGGCGGCCCUGGCUGUGCCUUCCUUCACUCCUGAAGAGGCUGAGCCCCCAGUCCAGGAGGAAGCCCCAGCUCCAUCUCCAGCGCGCCCACAGGGGACACUUCCACAUCCCGGGCAGGUUCCCAGUCAGCGUCCAAACCUGACUCAGGUCACAGCUGCACCUGGGGAUCUGGACGUUUCCGUACCUCGGCAGCCAGAGCCGUCUGAGGCAGGUUUUCCAUCACUGACUCAGAAUUCAGUGGUGAACACCACCACAAACAACAUAUGUGAGCUCUGUAGCUGCACAGACGAGACGCUGGCGUGCGUUGGUCUCAGCCAGGAGCAGAAGCUCCAGAGUGUGCCCGUGCCAGAGCCCAACGCUCACAAUGGCACCUUCACGAUCUUAAAUUUCCAAGGAAACUCUAUUUCUUACGUUGAAGAAAAUACAUGGAAGUCAUACACUUGGGUUGAGAAACUAAUUCUCGGUGACAAUCAGUUGAGUGAAUUACAUAAGGACUCAUUUGAAGGCCUGCUAUCCCUCCAGUAUUUGUAAGUUAGUUACUCACAUUUAUUUAUGAGCUUUUAUUUAUAUUAUCUAUAACAUAAAUAAGAGUUUAAAUUGGACAAGUUCUAUAAUUUCUCCCAACAAUAAAAAUUUAUAAUUCUGUAAGUCUGUGCAGGGAGGGCGCUAGCCACUCUCUAGCAUUAAAAACCUCCUAGGUGUUUUCA